AUGGCCUCCCCUGGCAGUUCUAGCAGCACAUUAUCUACCCAGCAGGAGCGACCGCGAAGGGACAGCAAUUAUGCAGCCAUUCGGUCUCCCACGCUCAGUCGGCGGCCGACGAAUGUCGAACUCUCGCGGAUAGAAUCGCUGCGAACGACGCAUCAAUCGACGGUCGGAUCGACGACAGGCCCGGAGCCGCGCGAGAAAUGGCUCUCCUUUGGCGGAGGGAAGGACUAUCCUCCCCUUCUACCUGAUCCGGAGGACUAUGUGGUGGAGUUCAGCGAGCAGAACGAUCCGAUGCAUCCGCAUAACUGGCCCUUGCGGACCAAGAUCAUUCUCUCCAGCAUCCUCGCCUACGUCACCUUCGUCGCGUCCUUUUCCAGUGCCAUCUUCUCCUCCACGGUCGGAGCCACCAGCGCUCAGUUCGGCGUGAGCACGGAGGUCACGACGCUCGGCGUGACGCUCUACGUGCUCGGGUUCGCGACCGGACCGACGUUCUGGGCGCCUGCCUCGGAGCUCUACGGUCGACGAUGGCCCAUCACCGCCGGGAUCAUUGGCUACAGCAUCUUCACGAUCGGGACGGCCACGGCCAAAGACGUGCAGACUAUCAUGCUGACGCGGUUCUUUGGCGGCGCAUUCGCCGCCGCGCCCCUGGCCAUUGUGCCCGCCGCGUUCGCAGACAUGUACAACAACCGCACGCGCGGCGUCGCGAUCGCCAUGUUCGCCAUGGCCGUGUUCGUGGGCCCGUUCGCGUCCCCGUUCACGGGUGGGUUCAUCACCAUGAGCUAUCUCGGUUGGCGCUGGACCAUGUACAUCUCCGCCAUCAUGGGUUUCCUGGGCGUGGUGCUGCUGUUGCUGUUCUUCCGAGAAACGUACCCGCCUGUGCUGUUGCAGGAGAAAGCGUCGAUUCUGCGCCGGCAGACCCGGAAUUGGGGCAUACAUGCGAAACAGGACGAGGUGGAGAUUGAUUUCAAGGAGCUGAUGAGAGUGAACUUUAGUCGACCGUUUCGGAUGCUGUUCACGGAGCCGAUCGUUUUUCUGGUCACCGUGUAUAUGUCCUUUAUUUACGGUCUCAUGUACGCGCUCCUGGCAGCUUAUCCGGUCGUGUUCCAAGGCAUCCACGGCAUGAACCUCGGCGUCGGCAGCUUGCCCUUCAUUGGGCUCAUGACCGGCGAGUUCCUCGGCGGCGCUUUCACGCUGCUCGGUCAGAGAUCGUAUAAUAAGAAACUGGCCAGCAAUAACGACAUGCCGGUGUCAGAAUGGCGUCUGCCGCCAGCUAUCGUGGGCGGGAUUGCCUUUACCAUGGGGCUGUUUUGGUUCGGCUGGACCGGCUUCACGGGCAGCAUUCACUGGAUGGCGCCUACCGCGUCGGGCGUGCUGACCGGAUUCGGUAUCUACGUGAUCUUCCUGCAAUGUUUCAAUUAUCUGAUUGAUUCGUAUCUGCAAUUCGCCGCGUCGGUGUUCGCCGCCAACACGAUCCUCCGAUCGGCCGUCGGGGCGUGUUUCCCGCUCUUCUCGCGGCAGAUGUUCCAGAACCUAGGGGUGCAGUGGGCAGGCACGCUGCUGGGGUGUUUGGCGGCGAUUAUGAUUCCCAUCCCGCUGGGGUUUAUGGUGUGGGGGCCCGCGUUACGGCGGAAGAGCAAGUUUGCCCCGUCGGCGGCGGUGUUUGAGGAGAAGUCGGGGUAG